ACACAAGUGCCCUGAAAGCCAGGGCCCAACACUCAGGUUCUAAAGCACGGGCUGAAUGGAGCACGGACUGAGCCCUUUCCUGCUUGCCUGAGCCCUGUGCCUGUCUCUGCUGGGUGGAGGGACCUUUGGGGACCAGUCGGGGCUCGGAUGGAGGAGCAGGGUGUGUUGGGGUCAGCUAAUGAGGGGCUGGGAUCCCUGAUUCCCCUUGGCCUGAGGCACUGGUGGGACGUGUGAGUCUCCCGAGCGGGAGCAGGCUGGGGUGUGGGUGCGGCUGUGCGCGCCGUGGGCAGGGGCGCAGACUCUCUGGGCUUGCUGGAGUACUCGAACCUCAGCAUUUCCGAGACCAGCUGCUGGAAGUCCAGGUCCUGGGCCUGCCUGGGUCUGGCUAGCUCCCAGGCCUCAAAGCCUCAGGUCCUGCAGACCCACACAACAACGUCUUCGAGAAGGGCCUGGGUACUGGGAGAAGGGGGCGGGGAGCUAAGGGAGUGUUUUUUCCUUCUGGGCAAGAGAAUUGCUCAUAGUUGAAAGGCAGGAAGUACCUGCACAGCCUCCCCUCCUCCCCAGGUCUGCAGGUCAAGGCCAUGUGUGCCCGCAUUUGCACAGAGCCUGACUCUGACAUCCGUGCACAUACACGCCUAGGACCCCUGUACUGGUGCCCGCAGGCCCGCUUUCGGGACACACUCCUGGUGCCCAAGUGCUUUGUCCCUCUCCCCAAGUCUACAUGCCAGGGAUUUCCCUCCCAGCAAAUUGAAGCCAGUUGUCUGCUUGGCAUGUCAACAAUGUCCUGCGUCCUGCCUUCCCGAUUUCCCAGAGAAAAGCUGCUGCCCUGUGGUAGUGGGUGGAGGAAGAAGCCCCACCACCCCUGGAUGAGGGAGGCCCCAAACUUGCCCCCAGGGUAGCUAAGACCUUACUCUGAGGGGGCUGCCCCCCUCAGGCCUAUGAUGGGCAGGUGCAGCUGCAGGGGAAGGGAGGCAGAGCAGUCUCUUCCGGCAGCAGGAAGUGGUAACCGCCUAUGUGGAAAUUGUGGGGCUGAGCAAAAGGGGAACCAGAGCUGAACCCUGCUCCCCCACCAAGGGGUCCUGGAGGGAACAGCAGCCAGCUGCUGAGGUUCUGCUGUCUGGCGAUGACUUUCCUUCUCCUCCCCUCCGAACUUUCCACCCCAGUUCUCAAGGCUCCCUGGGAAGGGACGACCCCAUCUGAUGUCUGGGGGAAGCAGCAACCCAGGGGCAGUCCAGGGCCUGGAGCAGCAGUGGUGUUCAUGUACUCGGGCCCUGUGGGCCAGCGGCCCCGCUGCGAACCGUGCAGUCUGGCAGUGGUGACCACGGACAGACGUCUGGAGGUGGUGGCAGGAUUGCAGCCAGGGAUACCCGCUUACCUCGGGCUCUCACACCCGCCCCAGCUGCUUGGCAGUGGGGCUUUCGGCACAAGGCAGCCUAGGUGUAGGCCCAGUGGGAGGGGACGACAAGGCCAGGGCACAGCGGGGUUGCAAGGGGCGCCCUGCCCCCAGGAGCCCCUCGCGGGCAGUGCGAGGCCUGGGCCGCCCCGCCCCACCGGGAGCCGCGCUGGGGGCGGGGCUGGGCGGAGCCCGCGCAGGGUGCUGGCCGCAGCGCCCCCAAGUCCCGGCGCCGGGCCUGCUCGCGGCCGCGUGGGAGCAGUGGGGCUCGACGGCGCGGCCGCCAGGCCGCCAUGGCCGCUCACGGGAAGCUGCGGCGGGAGCGGGGGCUGCAGGCUGAGUAUGAGACGCAAGUCAAAGAGAUGCGCUGGCAGCUGAGCGAACAGCUGCGCUGCCUGGAGCUGCAGGGUGAGCUGCGGCGGGAGCUGCUGCAGGAGUUGGCAGAGUUCAUGCGGCGACGCGCCGAGGUGGAGCUGGAGUACUCCCGGGGCCUGGAAAAGCUGGCGGAGCGUUUCUCCAGCCGCGGAGGCCGCCUGGGGAGCAGCCGGGAGCACCAAAGCUUCAGGAAGGAGCCUUGCCUCCUGUCACCCUUGCACUGCUGGGCAGUGCUGCUGCAGCACACUCGGCAACAGAGCCGGGAGAGCGCGGCCCUGAGCGAGGUGCUGGCCGGGCCCCUGGCCCAGCGCCUGAGUCACAUUUCUGAGGACGUGGGGCGCCUGGUCAAGAAGAGCAGGGAUCUGGAGCAGCAGCUGCAGGAUGAGCUCCUGGAGGUGGUCUCAGAGCUCCAGACGGCCAAGAAGACGUACCAGGUGUAUCACACAGAGAGCGUGAAUGCUGAGGCCAAGCUCCGGGAGGCCGAGCGGCAGGAGGAGAAGCGGGCAGGCCGGAGUGCACCCACUGCCACCGCUGCGGCCACUGAGGCAGGGCCCCUCCGCAAGACCUCCCUCAAGAAGAGUGGGCGGCUGGUGGAGAAGCGGCAGGCCAAGUUCAUGGAGCACAAACUCAAGUGCACAAAGGCACGCAACGAGUACCUGCUGAGCCUGGCCAGCGUCAACGCCGCCGUCAGGAACUACUACCUGCGUGACGUCUUGGACCUCAUGGACUGCUGCGACACAGGGUUCCACUUGGCCCUAGGGCAGGUGCUCCGGAGCUACAUGGCUGCUGAGAGCCGCGCCCAGGCCUCUCAAGUGCAGGGCCUGGGCAGCCUGGAAGAAGCCGUGGAGUCCCUGGAUCCUCCAGGAGACAAGGCCAAGGUGCUCGAGGUGCACGCUAUCGCCUUCUGUCCCCCACUGCGCUUUGAUUACCAGCCCCACGACGGGGAUGAGGUGGCUGAGCUCUGCAUUGACAUGGAACUGCGGGAUGAGAUUCUGCCCAGAGCCCAGAACAUCCAGAGCCGCUUGGACCGACAGACCAUUGAGACAGAGGAGGUGAACAAGACGCUGAAGGCGACGCUGCAGGCCCUGCUAGAGGUGGUGGCCUUGGACGACGGGGAUGUGCUCGACUCCUUCCAGACCAACCCCUCCACCGAGUCCCUCAAGUCCACCAGCUCAGACUCAGGCAGCCGGCAGGCAGGCCGGAGGCGUGGCCAGCAGCAGGAGACUGAGACCUUCUAUAUCACGGUGGGGAGGGCUGGGUUGAAACUCCAGGAGUAUCUGAGUGGACGCAGCAUACUUGCCAAGCUGCAGGCCAAGCACGAGAAGCUGCAGGAGGCCCUUCAGCGAGGUGACAAGGAGGAGCGGGAAAUGUCUUGGACCCAGUACACGCAGAGAAAAUUCCAGAAGAGCCACCACCCUCGCCCCAGCUCCCAGUAUAACCAGAGACUCUUUGGGGGAGACAUGGAGAAGUUUAUCCAGAGCUCAGGCCAGUCUGUGCCCCUGGUGGUGGAGAGCUGCAUUCGCUUCAUUAACCUCAAUGGCCUGCAGCACGAAGGCAUCUUCCGGGUGUCCGGUCCCCAGCUCCGGGUCUCAGAGAUCCGUGAUGCCUUCGAGAGAGGGGAGGACCCGCUGGUGGAAGGCUGCAGUGCCCACGACCUGGACUUGGUGGCUGGGGUGCUGAAGCUCUACUUCCGGAGCCUGGAGCCCCCACUCUUCCCCCCGGACCUGUUCAGCGAGUUGCUGGCUUCUUCGGAGCUGGAGGCCACAUCAGCACGGGUGGAGCAAGUGAGCCGCCUGCUGGGGCGGCUGCCGGCGCCAGUCCUGGUGGUUCUGCGCUACCUCUUCACCUUCCUCAACCACCUGGCCCAGUACAGCGAUGAGAACAUGAUGGACCCCUACAACCUGGCCGUGUGCUUUGGGCCCACGCUGCUGCCCGUGCCCGCUGGACAGGACCCGGUGACGCUGCAGGGCCGGGUGAACCAGCUGGUGCAGACGCUCAUAACGCAGCCCGAUCGGGUCUUCCCACCCCUAACUGAGCUGCCUGGCCCCGUCUACGAGAAGUGCAUGGCACCACCUUCCACCCGCUGCCUGGGGGACGCCCCGCUGGAGAGCCUGGGGGCAGACAAUGAGCCGGACCUGGAAGCGGAGACACUGGCCCAGGAGGAUGACCUGGACGGGGUCGUGGAGGCUGUGGCCUGCUUUGCCUACACGGGCCGCACGGCCCAGGAGCUGAGCUUCCGGCGUGGGGACGUGCUGCGGCUGCACGAGAGGGCAUCCAGCGACUGGUGGUGGGGAGAGCACGAGGGCGCACGGGGCCUCAUUCCCCACAAGUACAUCACGCUGCCUGCGGGGGCAGAGAAGCAGGAGGUGGGCGCAGGCGUGCAGACUGCAGGUGACUCGGAGAGCAGCCCCGAGGGCCUCCUGGCAUCAGAGCUGGUCCACCGGCCAGAGCCAUGCACCUCACCCGAGGCUGUGGGACCCCCUGGACACAGGCGACACUGCUUGGUCCCAGCCUGUCUGGAGCAACAUGUGGAGGUUGAUAAGGCUGUGGCGCAGAACAUGGACUCUGUGUUUAAGGAGCUCAUGGGAAAGGCCUCUGCCCGCCAGGGCCUCGGACCAGCACCUGCCACCUCUCCCAGCCCUGGGCCCCGAAGCCCAAAGGCCCCGGUCAGCAGCCGCCUGGGCAGGAACAAAGGCUUCUCCCGGGGCCCUGGGGCCCCAGCCUCACCCUCAGUGUCCCAGCCCCAGGGCCUGGACUCCACCCCCAAGCCACACUGAGGUGCUGGGCCGGCCACUCUCCCCAGCCCCCUUGCUUCACUCCAGCCCUUUCCAGCAAGUGCAGGGUUCCUGCACUUCACCCUGUGCAGAGAGGUGGGAUGAGGCCACUGUAUAGGGAUGCCCGCCCCAUACCCUGCCUGCCCCUCAGCCCUGGCCCAGGCCUCUUUGGGAGGCAGCUGAGGAAGGAGGCUGGGGAAACCCUCUUCUGCGGCCUUGAGGAGGGCUGGUCAGUGGCUGCUGGGUGGCGGGCGCCCUUGCUCAGAUGCCUGGCAGCACUGCGUUGUGAUUCAUAAAGACCUAUGUGUUGACUCCCUGA